CAUCCAACACCGAAAAAAUUAAAACUGAAAACUUCAUUACCAAUACUGAUACUUCCCACCCAUACUUAACGACAGUGUGUCUAACCUUCUGGCAAGGACCCCUAUAGAUUAUAUAUAUAUAAGAAGUAUGGAUAGGAAUAAGGACUUAUCGGUGAGAAUCACAAAUGCCGAGAAAGAUCGAGUGAAUUUCGAACUUUUCAAUGUGGAUUUAUCAUUAGCCAAUUCAUUAAGAAGAGUUAUGCUAGCGGAAGUUCCAACUUUAGCUAUUGAUUUAGUAGAAAUAGAUAUUAAUACUUCAGUAUUGGCUGAUGAAUUCUUAUCUCAUAGAUUAGGACUUAUUCCAUUAAUUAGUGAAGGAAUUGAAGAUUUAGCUUAUUCAAGAGAUUGUACUUGUGAUAGUUAUUGUGCAAAUUGUUCAGUUAAAUUAGAAUUAAAUAGUAAAUGUGAUACUGAUUCUACAAUGUCAGUUUAUGCAUCUGAUUUAGCUAAAUUUCAAAAUGGUUCUAAUUUAGGAACUCCAGUAAUAAGAGAUAAAAAUAAGAAAGGUCCAUUAAUUUGUAAAUUAAGAAAACAUCAAGAAAUAAAACUUACAUGUAUUGCUAAAAAGGGUAUAGCUAAAGAACAUGCUAAAUGGUCUCCAUGUGCAGCCGUAGGAUUUGAAUAUGAUCCUUAUAAUAAAUUAAAACAUACAGAUUAUUGGUAUGAAGAUGAUCCAGAAGAAGAAUGGCCAAAAUCAGAAAAUAGAAAAUUCGAAGAUCCUCCUGAUAAAGAUGCUCCAUUUGAUUAUAAAGCUAAAGCAGAUCAUUUUUAUUUUGAUGCAGAAACAGUAGGUAAUUUACCUCCUGAUCAAGUAGUAUUAACCGCUCUUGAACAAUUACAACGGAAAGUUGGUGAUAUUCUUGUUGGAUUAAGAGAUGAAAAUGUCGAAACUUCAAAUGCAACAAAUACUGGAGGUUUUACAACUUAUGGUAGAACUGAUUAUGAAAAUGGUGGUGAAACUCCAGGAAAGAGUCCUUAUGGAGAAUUUGGUGGUGGAUCUGCAUGGAAUUAAAACUUACAUAUAAACUUACCUUACACUUUUGUUGUUAUAUAUUGUAUAUUAUUAUGUUAAUAGUCUAUAAUUAAAUCAUUAU